AUGGAUGUUAGCGACAAAGAGACGAGGUCUGAUUCUUCGCGGAACGAUGGCGUCGGAGAAGAGACUGUUCGCACUGGCAGUCGCGUUGGACGCGUGCUGAGCCGCAUCGCGUCGGCACCUACUUCAGACCCCGGUCCUCCCCCGGAUGGAGGAUACGAUGCCUGGAUGGCCGUACUGAGUGCUCACUUCAUUUUCAUGGACACAUGGGGAUUUGUGAACUCUUUUGGCGUUUUCCAAACAUAUUACGUGCAACAACUGGAUAGGCCGCCUUCGGACAUUUCUUGGAUCGGAUCGUUCCAGGUCUUUCUCCUCUUCUUCAUCGGCGCUUUCUCGGGUCGUUUCACGGACGCGGGCUACUUUCGACACCUCUUCCUAUGCGGCUCCUUCUUGAUCCUGCUUGGCAUAUUCGCUACCUCUUGGUGCACGCAGUACUGGCAGAUCUUCCUUUCACAUGGCGUUUGCGUCGGUUUAGGCUUUGGCCUUGUGUUCUGUCCGUCCCUGGCCACGUUAUCGACCUAUUUUGAUAAGAAGAGGGCUUUGGCUAUUGGUAUAGCGGCUGUUGGAAGUGCGUCCGGUGGCCUGGUCUUCCCGAGUACGGUCCGGCAGCUUUUGCCGCAAGUGGGUUUCCCUUGGGCUAUGCGCACACUCGGCUUCAUCCAGCUCGCAACGUUGUCAGUGGGCUUGGUCUUCCUCAAGCCUCGGAUACCGCCGCGCAAAGCAAGCAAAAUGGUGGACUUGUCCGCCUUCAAGGAGCUUGAAUACACGUUUUACACCGCUGGAGGGUUCUUCUCUUUCAUGGGUGUCUACUUCGCGUUCUAUUACCUGGCCUCGUAUAGUCGGGAUGAGCUCGAUUUCUCUUACACAGACUCGUUGAAUCUGCUUUUGGUCUUAAACGGUAUUGGCUUCAUCGGACGACUUGGGCCGAAUUUCCUCGCCGACAAGAUUGGAACUAUUACGGUCUUUACACCCAUGGCCCUCCUCUCAGGAAUCUUAACCUACUGCUGGAUUGCCGUUAAAUCCCCGACAGGCCUCUACGUCUGGACAGUUUUCUUCGGCAUCGUAGGCAACGCCAUUCAGGCACUCUUCCCUGCAGGAGUCAGUGCUCUGACGACGGAUCCGAGUAAACAGGGCACACGUAUCGGAAUGGUUUUUACCAUCGUUGGCUUCGCCGUGCUCACCGGCAACCCAAUUGCCGGCGCGAUCAUUUCUGCCACCGGGGGCCGUUAUCUAGGUGCACAGGCCUUUGCUGGGAGCUGUCUCAUGGUUGGUUGCUUCUUCCUAGCGUUGGCCCGGAUAGUCAAGACGAAGAAAAUAGGAAAGGGAUGGUUUGUCAAGGUCUGA